CGGGGCAGGGCGGGGACUGCCUGCCCGCCUGGGUUGCGGAAGUGGUAGCCGCUGACCGAGCCUGCUGCUUUCUCGCUACUGCUUCGGCUUCCCGGCUCCCCCCCGGACGGAGAGGGUGGCCCGGCUGUGGAUGGUCAGAUAGCUCCGAUCUCCCGCCGCCAAUCCCUGGCCCCAAUCAGCACGGAGCAGACGGCGGCAGCGGCAGCACCAGGCGAGGGGGAAGAUGGCGGGACGGCUGCCGGCCUGUGUGGUGGACUGUGGCACGGGGUAUACCAAACUAGGAUAUGCUGGAAACACAGAACCACAAUUUAUCAUCCCUUCUUGUAUUGCUAUUAAGGAAUCAGCAAAAGUGGGUGAUCAAGCUCAAAGGAGGGUGAUGAAAGGUGUUGAUGACCUAGACUUCUUUAUUGGUGAUGAAGCAAUAGAAAAGCCUACAUAUGCAACAAAGUGGCCAAUUCGCCAUGGUAUAGUUGAAGAUUGGGACUUGAUGGAAAGGUUUAUGGAACAGGUGAUCUUUAAAUAUUUAAGAGCAGAACCAGAAGACCAUUAUUUUCUUUUGACUGAACCUCCACUGAAUACUCCAGAAAACAGGGAAUAUACUGCUGAAAUAAUGUUUGAGUCCUUCAAUGUUCCAGGCUUGUACAUUGCUGUGCAGGCUGUUCUUGCCUUAGCUGCAUCUUGGACCUCGAGACAAGUAGGAGAACGGACACUGACCGGUACAGUAAUAGACAGUGGAGAUGGUGUCACUCAUGUUAUUCCUGUGGCUGAAGGGUAUGUGAUUGGCAGCUGUAUUAAGCACAUUCCAAUUGCAGGACGAGAUAUAACAUAUUUUAUUCAGCAGUUACUGAGAGACCGAGAAGUAGGAAUCCCUCCAGAACAAUCCUUGGAAACUGCUAAGGCAGUAAAGGAGCGCUAUAGUUAUGUCUGCCCAGAUUUAGUAAAAGAAUUUAACAAGUAUGACACAGAUGGAUCAAAGUGGAUUAAGCAAUAUACUGGAAUCAAUGCUAUCUCAAAGAAAGAAUUUUCUAUUGAUGUUGGUUAUGAGAGAUUCUUGGGACCUGAAAUCUUUUUUCACCCAGAGUUUGCUAAUCCAGACUUUACUCAACCUAUCUCAGAAGUUGUAGAUGAAGUAAUUCAAAAUUGCCCUAUUGAUGUCAGACGUCCUCUCUACAAGAAUAUUGUUCUCUCUGGAGGUUCAACCAUGUUCAGGGACUUUGGACGUCGCUUGCAAAGAGAUUUGAAAAGAACCGUAGAUGCCAGGCUGAAACUAAGUGAGGAAUUGAGUGGUGGCAGAUUGAAGCCAAAACCUAUUGAUGUACAAGUCAUUACACACCACAUGCAGCGAUACGCAGUUUGGUUUGGAGGGUCGAUGCUGGCUUCCACGCCUGAGUUCUACCAAGUGUGCCACACCAAAAAGGAUUAUGAAGAAAUCGGACCUAGCAUUUGUCGUCACAAUCCAGUGUUUGGAGUCAUGUCGUAAAAUUGAUUUCAUAAUUAUUGGGGUUAGGGAGGUGGGCAAGAAAUAAUCUUUCUGAUUACCUGUUUUGUCUGGAUGGCUGGUUUUGAGGUUUUAAACCUGACUUGAAGUAAGAAGACCAAACAUAAUUACACAGGAAUAUUUUAAUAAGUAUAUCAACACGUGAAUGUAGAGGAGAGCCAAAAUGAUUGUUUUUCUUUAGACUGAAUAUUUGAAUCUUAUGUGUAACAAAAAGAAGUGGGUUUUAGUUCUUUCUGUGCCCUGAUAUUUUGUAUAUUAUUGAAUUAUUCAAGAUUUGAUGGGAUUUAUCGGUAUGUAGAUAGCUCUAUAAUGCUUGAGUUGUACACUUCUAAGUGUGCAAUGCAAGAGCUUGUUUAUAUUUCAUACUUUUUAUACUUUGAGGAAAAAAAGUCAAAGAAAAACUAGUAUUUGAGGACAAAUAAGUGACCAAGUAAAGGAUACAUUAAAAAAGCCUCGUGAGACUUGGCGUACACACACCCUCAUGGGAUUCCAGUUAUUACAAAUGGCUUCCGUCUCCCUGUACCCCCACAACGGUUUUCUUUGCAAGUGCUUUUGGAACUAAGAAGCUAGUAUCUUGGAUUAACUGAUGCCUGCUAGUGCUUUCUGAUUACUCGAAUCCUGUUUCUUGCUUUAAAGGAAAAGUAAAGACAAGAUUGUUGGACCAGUACUGCAGUUCUGUAGUGUCGUUUCUUAUUAAAAAUGAAUAAUUUGACUACCAGAAUUGGUAUAUUUAAAGCCUAACACCAUUCUAAUAAAGGCACACAAUUCUUUUUAAUACUUGUUUCAAGCUCUUUAAUCUCUUUAUAAGUUAACUAAUCUAUUUUCUUCAAACCUCUGCAGUAGUUCUUUAAAAUCACAACAGUUGGUUAGCAAGCUGACUUUUUUAUGUGCUCUGAACAAAUAAUUGUGAAAUUUUAAUAUGUUGAGUGCUUUCAUUUUGAUAACUGGAUCUCCAUUUGAUAUUUUCAUUUGUAUAACUCAUUUGCGGUCUGAAAUUUUUUUUAGUGCCAGUCCCUGACAUAUCAUGGAAAGUUAAUUUUCUUUGCAUUUUAAAAUAUCUGGAUCAUGAAGAAACCGUGAUGAAAAUAAAUUAAAACUCAAUUACCUUUUCUAAUGUUUUUUUUAGAAGCAGUGUCAUUCUACUUUGUGUUUAUGUAUUUUAUAUGAUUUCUGUUUCUGUUGGAAUAGUGGGAUUCAUUGAAAUCUCUAUAAUGUGUAUGGCAGAAAAUAAUCUUGUGAACUUGAAAUUUUACCAGCUGUUUAUAGAAGAAUAAAAUGGAAAAUGUUUUA